UACUUUUCAUUCAAUAUAUUUCAAUCAGUCAGUUAGGUAACGCUCGCAAGUUAUGAGACUGAAACCAAUUACACUUUUAAGUUUCUUUUUGUUUUGCGUGCAAGUUUCGCACCAACAGACACCAAUUAUAGAAACUUCGCUGGGAAAAAUAAGUGGUAAUGUGUUUACAUCGCGUAAAGGGCGAGAUAUCUACGCUUAUCGGGGUAUACAUUAUGCUAAACCACCGACAGAAUUGAGACGAUUUGCAGCACCAGAACCUGUAGAAGCAUGGAACGAAACAUUAAAUGCAUCAAACGAUGGACCCUCGUGCCCACAAAGUUUUACCAUGGAGACAAUAGAUGAGGACUGUCUAAAUUUAAAUGUAUAUACUGUUAAUGUAACAGCAUCAAAUCCAGUUAUAGUAUACAUACAUGGUGGUGCAAAUAUACAUGGAAGCGCACAUAGUGAAUAUGGGGGAGGUCCUCAGUAUUUGCUCGAUGAGGAUGUGGUUCUAGUUAGUAUUUCCUUCCGCUUAGGAGCAUUCGGUUUCCUAAGUACGAAAACAUAUGAGGCCAGUGGAAAUUAUGGAUAUUUGGAUCAAGUGUUGGCACUGAAAUGGGUACAACAGCAUAUUAAAAACUUUGGUGGUGACGUCUCCAGGGUGACUAUUAUCGGGGAGAGUGCGGGCAGCAUGGCGGUUACCCUGCACUUGACAUCACCAAUGUCGAAAGGUUUGUUUCAUGGAGCCAUUGCAAUGAGUGGCAGUGCAACAAAUCAUUAUGACAUAGAUAAUGUAUAUUGGAGCCGGAAAUUAGCUUAUGAUCUUGGUUGUCCCAGAUACAAUACACAAUACUUACUGAAUUGCCUCAGACAGAUUAGUUGGCAGCGAAUAGUGAAUAUAACCGAUAGUUGGGAACCAUAUGGUAUGGCGAAUAUAAACUGGAAUUAUGAAAUCGAUGGUAAAUUUCUAUUAGAGCACCCAAGUGAGGCAAUUUUCAACAAUCGAUUUAAUCGUGUGCCAAUUAUUGCCGGAGUAACACUAAAUGAAUUUGAUUUCGAACCCGAGAGGUUAGAAGGCAGUAACGACUUGCUUGACGAUAUGAAUGAUAAUUUUGGACUUUAUGCAACUGAUUUUCUGCAAUUUAAAAUCACUGAUAACAACGACGAGAGGAUGGCACGUAUCCGUGAGUUUUACUAUAACAACAAAACCAUAAACAAAUAUAACCUCGCCGGUCUUGGCAAAAUGAAAUCGGAUGGUCUUAUCGGGCAUGGUGUAUACAGAUUGGUGAAACUGGCAAAAAAAUAUACAAACGUUUAUUAUUAUCGCUUUGAUUAUAUUGGCGACAAAUCAUUAUACUCAAAUGGCGCUGAAAAGGCGAAAGGUGUGUGCCAUGCUGAUGACCUAAUAUAUAUUUUACCUAAGAAAACAUUUCAAGUGGAGAAUAAUUCUACCGAUAUUUUUAUGAUUGAUCGCAUGGUUAACCUAUUCGCCUCUUUUGCUGCAAAAGGUGAGCCUCCAAUUAUAGACAACAUUACUUGGACGCCUUCAACCGCCAAUGAAACGGUAGUUCUGUACAAUGAUCGGAAAGUUCGUAUGGGUGAACAGUUCGAAGUAGAGCGUUACGCAUUAUGGGAUGAGUUGUUUCCAAUAGAAAAAAGUGGCGCUGGAAUAUCAAUUCCCGCCAUAUUGUUAUUCUCAUUUGCACUCCUUUGGCCUUUUUUAUGUCAGAGUAAAUUAUUAUAAAUCAAUUCAUUAGGAAGAAUUAUUACAUUAACUAUGAAAAUUUA